AUGCGGCCUAGAUUUUUUGACGGGACAGCUACUCUCACCAUAGGAGGCCAAGUGGUUCUCAUUCCCACGCCGAGCGCGGACCCGAGAGUCUCAAUCACUCGACUCACGAGAAAUGCAGACCCUCUGAACCUACCAAAAUGGCACAAACAGCUCAUCAUAGGCAUUAUUGUCCUGUACGCAAUAUCCGGUCUAUGCCUCAUCACCGCACUAUCCGCACUCAUCGUUUUCAUUAUGCCCGACUACCAACGUGAUGGAAUUACGCCGGAUCAGAUCUCAAAUCUCUUCACAUUUCCGAACCUUUUCCUUGGUCUCGGAAAUCUCGUGUCGAUGCCGAUCGCCGUAGCUAUAGGCCGUCGUCCCGUCAUACUAGCAUCAAAUGUGCUGCUCUUCCUCGCCGCUGUCCUGUGCGCAACGAAUCGCAACUAUUACUGGCACCUAGGAGGGCGUAUGGUCGCAGCGUUCGCUGCAGCUCAGUGCCAGGCCUUGGCUUUGCUUAUCCUACAGGAUAUCUACUUUCUUCACCAACGGGCACGCGUAUUUCAGAUCUAUGCCUCCGCCGAAGUCCUUCUCAACUCCAGUCUGGUAAUCGCAUCCUCAUACAUGGCCGAUGCUCUAGGCUGGAGGUCUUGGUACUGGCUCUUCGCAGGCCUCUCCGGCCUAGCCAUGAUUCUCACCUUCUUCUUCGUCCCCGAAACCGCAUAUGACCGGCCCAUCGAGGCGUUCAUGGGAAGCCAUCCGACCGAUAGGAGCAACCUCUUACCGGCAGUGCAAAACACCGGCCCGGACCCCAUCAGUAGGAGCCGGUCCCCCGGACCAAAGUACGCAACAGUAGACGAGAGGCCCACCGCCGACCUGGAACACUUCAAGGAACGCACCUUCACCUCGAACCUGCGCAUCUUCGUGUACAAGCCCACCUGGUCCCGGUGCUGGCUCUGCCUCAAACAAAUCGGACAAGUCUUUCUCUUCCCCCACGUCCUCUGGGUCGCCAUCAACAACGGGCUCUUCCAAGGCAUCGACGUCUCGAUCCAGAUGACCUACGCAGAAGUCCUCGUCAAACCCCCCUACAACUGGGCCAACACGUCGGUAUCCCUCAUCCAGCUCGGCCAAGUUCUCAUCGCACUUCUCUGCGUGCCCCUCAUCGGCUGGCUGAGCGACUACGUCAUCCGCUCCUCCGCGCGUCGCAACCACGGCGUCCAUGAGCCGGAGAAGCGACUCAUCGCCUGGAUCCUGCCCAUGGUGACGGCUCUGAUCCUGACGGUUCUGUACGGGUACGUGCUCAAGAACCCGGUGCGGUAUCACUGGAUGGCCAUCGUUUCCGUCGUCGACGGCUACCUCAUUGUGCUGAUGGGCGUCAGCACGGUCGGGACGGCGUAUCUCAUCGAUAGCCACCCGAGCUUCGCGGGCGCUAUUCUCGUCGCGCUGCCGGUGACGCGCGGUCUGGUGGGCUUUGGACUCAGCAAGCACACGACGACGUACAUUGCCAACAUUGGACCGGUCAAGACGUUCGGGAUAUAUGCUGCUGUGAGUGCGGCAUUCUGCUUGCUGGGGGUUGUCUUGUUCUUCAAGGGGAAGAAGGUGAGAAAACUUUGUGCCCAGAUGACGCAGUGA